CCCAGAGGAUGACAUGGACGAUGGUAGUCCAUGUCUGCUAUACAUUUUAGAAGAAGAUGAGAUGGUGCUGGUAGCUCGUGGAACAGAGUUUAGGUCAGCGACUGUAUGUCAUGGUAUGCAACUAUUAGAGGAUGAGGUGAAGGUCUCAGUGGAUGAAAUGAUCAUGCCAGAUGCCUCGGUUCCACUGUCCACGGAAGAGAUUUUCACUGUGGAACAAGCAUAUAAGUCGUUUAUCACUUGGCCUAAAUUUUUGGUUAAACCAGUUUCUGACCCCUCGACGCAGGAACAACAGAAGAUUCCUCUAUCUGAGGAUGACCCUCUUUCUUCAUUGCAUCUACUUGCUGACAUCCUUGAUGAUAAGCCUUUGGAGGUUCAGUAUGAUGCUAAUGUAUUUGGGCAUGGCUCUGAGGUCCCAAUAUACCUUAAUAGCCAAGAUGUCCGUGAGCUUGCGUCGGGAACACAAGAGUUGAAUAUUUCAAUUAUUCAACUAUGGACGAUGUAUAUGUCUGGGGUCACUAAUAAGUUGGGGCGUUCUGAUGAUUAUGGAUUCAUUGAUCCCCAAGACAUUCAUGAAUCAAAUGAUUUUGAUCAUAUCAACAUGAGAAUGAUAAGCAGUUUUCGAAGGGGCAAGAAAAUAUACUUUUUGCCUUAUAUAUCCGGGCGCCAUUGGCAACUUCUUGUUAUGUCUGUGCAAGACAACUAUGCUUUGUGGUUCUGCUCAUUGCACAGGCCUCCUCCCACACAACUCAGACAAGCAAUUGAUUGGUAAGAACCUCAAUGUUUGGACUUUCUUUGUUAUAUAACUGAAUGCUAAAACAUUUUUUU